AUGUCAUUUUAUUCAAAAUAUAUCAAACCAAACAUUGGAUUGUCUCUAUUGUUACUAUCACAAUUUUUGAAUUCGAUUAUGGUGACAACUUGUAAGUUAUUGGUCACCGAUAAGAACUUCAACACUCCGAUCCAUCCGGCACAAAUAUUGUUUGUUAGAAUGUUCAUCACAUAUAUUUGUUGUCUAUUAUACAUGGCCAUCACAAGAUCUGUUCCCGAUGCGCCAUUUGGUCUCAAACCAAUUAGGAAGUUAUUGUUGUUACGAGGCUUGGUAGGAUUUUUUGGUGUUUUUGGAAUGUACUUUUCAUUACAGUAUUUGAGUCUUUCUGAUGCCGUAGCAUUGACUUUCUUGGUACCGAUGGUGACAGCAUUUUUAGCAUUUGUGUUAUUGCACGAAAAAUAUUCAAUACUAGAAGCAAUCUGUUCGGUAUUCUCCUUGGCUGGGGUUGUAUUAAUUGCUAAACCAACGUUUAUUUUCGGUAAUGAAUCAAACAAAGAAACCGGUAAUGACGAGACUAUCGAGAGCUCAUCUAGUGAAAAAAGAAUUUUAGCAACAAUUGUCGGAUUGAUUGGUGUCUGUGGUGCGUCAUCUGUUUAUAUAGUCUUACGGAAAAUUGGUAUGAAUGCUCAUCCAUUGUUGUCUGUCUCAUACUUUGCAUUGACCUGUUGUAUAGUCACGUUUCUUGCUAUUUUGGUAAUUCCUAGUUUGACAUUUGUAUUACCAACAAAUGCUUAUCAAUGGACAUUGUUUUUCAUAAUUGGCUUUUCGGGGUUUUUCAUGCAAUUCUCUCUAACUGCUGGAGUUCAAAGAGUUAAAGCUGCAAGAGCCUCCUUGAUGGCUUAUUCGGGUAUGAUUUUCGCUGUGGUUUGGGAUUUGACGAUAUGGCAUCAUUUUCCUGGGAUUUUGAGUUUCUUGGGAAUUACAUUGAUUAUUGGUAACGCCAUAAUUAUCUUAAAAUUCAAACCGCAGCAAGAGGAGAUAACUGAUAAACAAGGUGAUGAUAUCGAAAGAAACGGAAAAUAUAACCGUGUUGAUGAUUCUAUUACUAUGCAAGACUUUAUAAUAACUGACGAUGAGGAGGAGGAGAAUGUUCGUGGUAGACCUUAG